AUGGCCUCCCUGACGGCGAGAUCUGGCCUCCGCUCCAUGGCGACGCGCGCCAGGCCCCCCGCAACGGCCCCGGUCGGGUGCCGCAUGUCCUCCUCCACCCAUGACGACGCAUAUGAGACAUCCAAGUGGGAUAAGAUCACCAUCAUAGAGGCCGUCACCUGCACCCUCCUGGCGGCCUGGAACCUCUCCAAGGGCCACCCCCACUUCAACGAGCCGCCGGCCUACCCCUACUUGCACAUCCACAACUAG